GUCGCGACCCAGCACCCCGCACGGCCCCAGCAUGCGCUCCGCCGCCAUCCUCCUCGCCGCCUGCCUGGCCGUCGCCGCGGCCGCCCCCGCCGAUGUCGUGCGCGGCGAGAUGGUCGACAAGUCCAUGGAGCAGGUGAAGGCGGAGAUGGCCAAGGGCUUCUUCGAGGACCUGGCCCAGGUGACGCAGAACAUCCUGCAGCAGGCGCACAAGCUGGCCGAGCAGAUCAUCCACCGCGUGGAGCAGGUGGCGCACGACGCGCUCUCCAACCUGCAGAAGGACAAGCCCGUGGUGCCCGCCGCCGAGGUCCCCACCGCCGCCGAAGUCACCGCCGCCGUCAACGCCGCGCCCGCCGAUGCCCCCGCCCCGGUCCCGGAGGCCGCCAUCAAGCCCCAGAACGACGAGGUGGCCAAGCCCGAGGCCGUGCAGCCCGUCGUGACCGUCGAGAACCCCACCAGAUGAUCGCCCGAUUCUCCGAACGGACUCGCAGAAGAAGAUAAGUUAUAGAGAGCGACCUGCGGGAGCCCUGGGGUUGUUGCGCGGAGGUAAUUCUGUUAAUAAAAACAAGUGAUAUUAAGGACUCGACAAUUAAAAUUUUUGUG